AUGGUCUCGGGGGCGGUGCGACGCGCGCUGCUCCCUUCGAGCGGCGCCAACUUUGGCUUCUUCUUCAAGCAAGCUCCAGCUCCCGGCCAUCUCGGCCAGCCUGGAGCCAAUGUCAGCCACGCUCUAGGCCAAAGAGCCUUUGGCACCACACCGAACCGCUUCGUACAACAGCAUGAUGGUCGCUUGACGAUACGGAGCCUGUCGCGACAGACAACGACCUCGGCAUCACACUGGCAGCCGCGGGCACACUUGGCGCAAUGGGACUCGCCUGUGGCAAUCCUGCGCCAGUUUUCCGCCGGCAGGACACUCAGAGAACAGCAAAACACUUCCGUAGGGAAAUCCAACGAUAUCCUCCCAGCGAAACAACCAAGUACUGUCUCCGAAGUUGCCGCCAUAAAUGACGCCCAACCGCCGUCGACCGGCUUCGAGAAAUCCGAAAGAGCAAGACAGGCCGCGCAAGUCAACUACAGCGCGCGGCUUUCCAAGGACAAGGACAAGAAUAAGAAGAAUCUCUCUGGCAGCCGCAGCGAAGUUGUCCGACUCCUCAAGCUCGCACGGCCCGAGUUGAAGUUCCUUGGUCUCGCCCUGUUGCUUCUGCUCAUGUCUAGUGCAAUCACCAUGUCUAUUCCCAAGGUCGUUGGCAGUGUCAUGGAUGCUGCGAGCAAGAAGUCCCUGGACGACGCAAAAGUGUUUGGCUUGUCGCUGUAUCAGUUCUUUGGUGUAUUCGCCUGCGUGCUGACCAUGGGUGCCUGCGCCAAUUUUGGCCGCAUCAUCACGCUUCGGCUCAUUGGAGAGCGAGUCGUGGCACGUUUGCGGUCUUCGCUGUACAAACGGACAUACCUGCAGGAUGCCGAGUUCUUCGACGCAAACCGAACUGGUGAUCUGAUCUCGAGGCUGAGUGCUGAUUCCAUCAUUGUCGGCAAGAGCAUCACCCAAAACCUGUCAGAUGGUCUGAGAUCGCUGAUUAGUGGUGUUGCCGGUAUCACCGCAAUGGCCUUUAUUAGCCCUGGAUUGACUAGUGUCAUGUUUGUUGCCUUGCCCUUUAUUGGUACACUGUCGUUUGGCUAUGCGCGCUUCAUCAGACGGAUCAGUCGUGAUAUCCAAAAGAACGUGGGCACACUGACAAAGAUUGCCGAGGAACGCUUGAGCAACGUCAAGACAAGUCAGGCCUUCAACGGAGAGCGUCAGGAGCUACACCGAUACAAUGGACAGAUUCGUCGAAUCUUCAACCUUGGCAUGAAGGACGCCUUGUACACUGCUUCGUUCUUUGGCGCGACUGGCUGGAUGGGUAAUAUGACCAUCCUGGCCAUGCUAUGGUUUGGUGGCGGCUAUGUAGCGAGUGGCGCUCUCUCGCUCGGAGACUUGACAUCCUUCAUGAUGUAUGCUGCUUUUGCAGGCUCCAGCAUGAGUGGUCUGAGUGGCUUCUUUACAGAACUGAUGAAGGGAGUGGGUGCUGCCACCAGGCUUUUUGAGCUUCAGGAUAGAGAUCCUGGCAUCCCGCCAACAAAGGGCAUCAGGGUCAAGUCUGCACAGGGCCCCGUUACCUUUGACAAGGUGUCUUUUGCCUAUCCAACACGCCCAGCUGUACCGAUUUUCAAUGAACUCAACUUCACGAUCCCCUCCGGAAGCAACGUCUGCAUCGUUGGUCCUUCGGGUGGAGGCAAGAGUACCGUUGCCUCGUUGCUUCUAAGAUUCUAUAACCCGACAUCGGGUGUUAUUUACAUCAACGGAAUCGACAUCACAACCAUGAAUGUAAAAUCCCUGCGGCGACGCAUUGGAGUUGUUUCUCAGGAGCCAGUCCUAUUUUCCGGCUCGAUCAGGGACAACAUUGCCUAUGGCCGCCCCGAGGCCCCCGAGAGUGAAAUUUUCAAGGCGGCCCAGGAGGCAAACUGCCAAUUCAUCAAGGACUUCCCUGAUGGCAUGGACACUCAGGUUGGCCCACGGGGCGCCCAGCUUUCUGGUGGACAGAAACAGCGUAUCGCCAUUGCCCGAGCCUUGCUCCUCAACCCCGAUAUUCUAAUUCUCGAUGAGGCUACUUCGGCCCUGGAUGCCGAAUCCGAAACCCUGGUGAACAGUGCGCUGGUCAAACUACUCCGAAGCCACAGCACGACUAUUUCCAUUGCCCACAGAUUGUCGACUAUCAAGCGCUCGGAUCAGAUCAUUGUCCUCUCCAACCAGGGUACCGUGGCUGAGAUGGGUUCCUACUCGGCCUUGAGCGCUAACCCCAACAGCGCAUUCAGUAAGCUGAUGGAAUGGCAAAUGAGCGGCGGUGAGGUGCCGCAGGUCGAGACGCCCAGGCACAUUCCCAUUGAUGAGGUUCAAGCCUUGGAUGAGGAAAUGGAGGGCGAGCAGCAUGAAGAGCAGCAUGAUGAGGAUGAGGCUGAAGCCAACCAAGAAGAGAAGGAGAAGCCCCGCAACUGA